GUUGAUCUUUCCAGAAUAUUCUGUUUAGAUGGUUUUGACCUGCAGUGUUUUUGUGUUGCCUCUGGCAAUCUCAUCGUGGCCAGCAAAAUAUCACUCCACAGUAUUGUUUGGAAACCUUCAAGAGACUUUUCCCGCUAUUCCGCCCUUAUUCUUUCUACAAGUUACAACUAAAUCCCUCUUUUUAAGAUUAAUGUGUGUGUGAGAGUGUGUGUGUGUGUGUGUGUCUGUGUGUGUGUUGAAAGGCAGCAGGCUGGACAGGGUGUGUGUGUAUGCUCUGUGUAUACAUUUCUUCAGGAACAUCUGGUGUUUAUUAGGCUCUUGAAAGCAGAAGUCAGGCCUCUCAGGGCUGGUUGGCGUGUGGCCUGGGAGGAGCCAGCCGACAAAUGCCUGGCUGUCUGUGUGUGUGUGUGUGUGUGUGUGUGUGUGUGUGUGCCUGUGUCUGUACUGUAUGUGUGUGCGUGCAUGUCUGUCUGUGUCUCUGUGUCUGCCUUUUGUGUGUGUCUAUCCUAGCAAGUAUUCCAGGUGAUUAUAGUUCUCUAGCAUCACUAUGCAUUGGAUGUGUUGACAUUUAAUGUAGUAUGUGGUCAUCCAAAUACCAAAGGUGGACUGUGUACAAAUACAUACACACAUAUACACAUACACACAGACAUACACACCAUAGAUUCAACUGUGAUCCUAAGUGAAACUCAUAGGUUAGAGCUGAUGUCACAACAAAUGUCACAGCUAUGGGAACACAUACUACAUGGACACACUGAUAUCCCUUUAACAGGUGGAGCAGAGUGGUAGCAGCCCUAGCCUGGUAUCCUGUUGGCAUACACAACCUAUAGCAUAACAAUCACACCUGCCAAUAGCUUUUCUCCUUUGUGCCCCCCCAAGAAUGGUAACCUGUCGACACAGUGUGUGUGUGUGUGUGUGUGUGUGUUGUGUGUACAGUGUACCAUGUACCCCAACCAGAUGAUCUUUUAAACCUGUGACAAGCAGCCCUGUCUGUUCAGUCUGAGCGGUAGGGGUCAGAGGUCGUUAACGUGGAAGGGCCCGCGUAGAGGGGCUCCAUCUAAUCACUGCUGUUCAGACACUACAGUUGGCAGGUCGCAGGGCCAACAGAGGCCCAUUUGUAGUGAUUAGGAAGCACCUUAUCAGCAGCAGCUCUGCCAUAUCUGAGGGCAGGGAUACUAAUUACUGAUGGGGAAGGAGGAAAGGGUGUGCUGUGGGGAACUAGCCGUCAGUGAAACCCACCAUUGCGUCUACUUAAAAGUGAAAUCUGGGAUGGAUGGGAGGGUGUCCAGAAGUGCUAGUCUGGUCCUUGUGUGCAGAUGUGCGUGUUGAUUAUGUUUUCGAAAUCGCAAUGGGAGGCAACCACUUUAGUCCAUAGUGAACACAUGAAAGAGAAUGCAUUUGAAUGUUGAAUAAAUUACACAAACAACAUAAUAUACUAGGAUGAUGAGGGGCAUUAUUUUGAAACAUACCUGAAAAGUCUGGGACAUAUUGGUCUCCAAUGUUGCUGUGAUUCAUAUCCAAACUUUGAUGAAAGCCUAGUAGACGUAACAAAAAAGGAAAGGAAAAAAAACGAUGGGGAAAAAAGAAGCUGACCAAAUAAGCUCUUCUCGCCGCAACUUCCACCGUAUUGCAAUCAAGCCUGCAAUUCAAUCAAGCCCACUAUCCAGCAAGGGGCAAUCAGUGUGAGGCAGUGAAACUGAGAUGGCGAGCCAGCACAGCCUUGAAGAGCCCAGCUGCAUUCCAUGAACAGAGGAAAAGUCUUGAGCGCUCCAAGACUGGGGAUUACUUAAAACAUAAAAUCAGAAAUAGACCAGAGAAAUCAGACUUGGUCAAGAUGCGUAUAUUACCAGAUUCGGCAGCCAGCGAGGGCUCGGCCACGCACCGUGAAACUCCGACAAAACUAAAACGAGCCCGGCUCGCUGACGACCUUAAUGAGAAAAUUGCUCUCCGCCCGGGUCCCCUGGAGCUGGUCGAAAAGAAUAUCAUUCCUGCUGACUCAACCGUUAAAGAAGCAGCCAUGAGAGUGAACCAUGGGAAGUUCCCCAAGCAGGAGGACUCGUACGCCUUCGAGGAGGACAGCAGCAGCGAGAGCCUGUCCCCCGACCAGCCCCUCAGUGACGAGUCCCAGGGCUCGGCCUGUCCGCUCUCCGAGACCAAGGGCAACGUGUCCCCCUCGUCCUCGUCCUCCCUCACCAGCCCGCCACAGGGAUCCCACAGUAGCGAUGCUGUCAAUCAUGGCCAAGAGGAGAGUGCUCUAGAAUCAAACAGCAAACAAUCUACACCCCCAAUUCCCGUCCCUGCCAUAGUGAAGCCUCCCAAGACUUCAGACAAGAACCGCCACAAGAAGCCCAAAGACAUCAAGCCCAAAGUGAAGAAGCUGAAGUACCACCAGUACAUCCCGCCGGACCAGAAGGCGGAGAAGUCCCCUCCGCCCAUGGACUCGGCCUACGCCCGUCUGCUCCAGCAGCAGCAGCUCUUCCUGCAGCUGCAGAUCCUCAGCCAGCAGAAGCACCACCAGCAGCACCAUCAGCAGCACGCCCAGUGCCCCCAGCAACAGCAGCAUCAGCACCAGCACCAGCCACAGCAGCACCAAUCCCAGAGCUUCAGCUACCAGCCUUUGCACCAGCAGCAAGGCAACAGUGAGCAGCUGUCGACGUGUAGCUCUAGCGCCCCCACCAGUACAGUGAGCAGCUCGUCUUCGUCUCCAGUAAAGACCACCUACUGCAGCCCCACCACCGUCAACCCUGUCAAGCCCGGUCCGCUGCCGCCCAAUCUGGAUGACCUCAAAGUGUCUGAACUGAGGCAGCAGCUGAGAAUCCGGGGUCUCCCCGUAUCAGGGACCAAGACCGCCCUCAUCGAGAGGCUCCGGCCCUUCCGAGACCCCAUCUCUGGUUCGCCCUCGCAGCCCGGCGACAUCACCACGGUGACCUUCCCCGUGACGCCCACCGGGUCGCUGUCCUCCUACCAGUCGCCAAGUUCGUCCAGCGCUAUGUCGCACGGCGGCGGCUACUACCCGUUCUGCAGCACCAGCUCCACGCCGCCCAUCUCGCCCGCCUCGUCCGACCUGUCGGUGAGCGGCUCUCUGCCGGACAGCUUCAGCGACGUCACCAUGUCCUCGCCGCAGUUCGGCCUCCAGGCGUCUCCUGGCCAUCUGAGCGCCGACGAGGGUUUGGCAGUCGGCCUCGGAGGAGGAGGAAACAACGGUAACGGUUGUCAUGGCAUUGGCAGUGGUGGUGCUGGUGGGGGUAAGGGAGGGUCGGGGCUAGACGCUGAGAAGGACAAGAUGCUGGUGGAGAAGCAGAAGGUGAUCGAGGAGCUCACCUGGAAGCUGCACCAGGAGCAGCGGCAGGUGGAGGAGCUGCGCAUGCAGCUGCACAAGCGCAAGCGCGCCCACGGCAUGCAGGACCAGACCCCUCCUCCUCCUCCUCCUCCUCCGCAGACAGCCGGGCAGCCUCCGCUGCCCCAGGGCCCGAGCACCCCACUGGGCCCCCACCACAACCAGCAGCAGCCGCCGCACGGCCUCAACCUGCACGCCCCCCCCAACCCCAACCAGAUGCAGCACUUCUACCCCAACGUGUCCGUCAAGCAGGAGCACGUGGCCUCCAGCUGCCCCCUGGCCUCCAAGGCUAUGAAGAAUGGCAGUGGUGCCGGCAGGGGCAACAACAACAGCAGCAGCAGCUGCAUGGAGGGCAUUGGGCACUGUGGCAUGAUGGGAGCGCCGCCUCGCUGUCCAGAGGCGCCGCCCUCCCGGAGCCCCUCAGGCCUGUCCGCCUUCCUCAGCCCGCAGUGUUCGCCUCAGGAUUCGCCGGGCGCCAAGACGUCUGGCAGCCCCCAGCCCAACAGCCUGUCCUCGUCACCCAGCCACACGUACAUGGUGCACCCCCACGCCAUUGUCAGGGAUGGCUGUGCCCACGCCCAGGCAAGCACCAGGCCGCGCAACAUGCAGAUCCAGCAGAAGAAUGUCGGUCAGUCUCUAAGCUGUCCCUACCCCCCUGACCAGAGGGUUCUGCAGGGCAUAUACUCCAGUCCCACUGAGGUCAAUGAAAGAGCCUCCAAAGCCAAGAGUCCCCACAUGCAACCCAAGAUGGCAGUAAUGCACUCUCCCCGGCACCCUGGCCCCAAGUGCCCCAUCACCUCCACUGCCUUCUGUAGCUCAGAGCCCGCUGCUGCAUCCAAGAUUAAACAGCCCCCCUGCUAUGAGGAUGCAGUAAAGCAGCAACUGACUCGAAGUCAACAGAUGGACGAGAUUCUGGACGUACUCAUUGAAAGUGGAGAAAUGCCGGCUAACGCCAAGGACGAGAGGUCCUGUGUAACCAAAGUUGUGCCUCACCUUACAGUGUCAGCGGGCAGUGCCAGUGGCAUCGCCGUGCACAAGUUCCACAGACACUAUGGCGGCCACAUGUCGCCUUCCCAGAUGCCCUUUGAGCACGGCGUGAGCCACGGGGACUGCCACCUGGAGGCGCUGUUGAGCAGUUCCAUGGGCCGGCAGGGCGACAUCGUCCUGCUUAAGAUCGGCAGCGAGGAGGGCCAGGGGGAGGAGGCGGGCGACGGCGGCGGAGGCUUUGCCAGCUCUCACCAAGACGACAAGAUGCUCGGCAACCGCGACAUGAUGGACACCCCGUUGUCGCCGAUGGCCACGAAGGUAUCGCCCGUCCCCACAGAUGGCCAGGGACUUGGGAUGACGUUCGCUGAAUCGCCGUGGGAGACCAUGGAAUGGCUGGAUCUGACUCCACCUAGCUCGGCAACGGCUUUUAACACCAUGCCUCCGACUGGGCCGAGCAUCUUCAACACAGAGUUCCUGGACGUGACCGACAUAAACUUGAACUCAGCAAUGGACUUGCACCUGGAGCACUGGUAAUGUUUACCAAGGAACUGAGAGAGAAAGAGAGAAAAAGAGAGAGAGAGAGAGAGGAGAGAGACAGAACCUGCCCGACUCCGACAACCAGCCGACAAAAACAACUUUACAGUUAUGUGCCUUGUGCGUCUGUGCCAUGUCACUCUUUGACACCAUUUUAGAUAUAUUCUUACUUCUACGAGUGAUUUUGGUCUUCUUUGGACAACACAUGCGCACAACCCAUUCAACUUUUCUUUCCAUUUUGGAUGGAUUCUUAUCAAGUCAGUCCAUUGAAUGUAAAGGACAAAUUCACCAAUGUUGCCUUAUCAAAACAUACAUUUGAGAGUAGUUUUGCAGUUGCUAUGAAUUUUGUCAUGGUCCAUUAAAACUUGAAAACCCUUAUUUUGACUUCUGGGGUAAUGAUAUGUUUGUAUUACUGGAAACAAGAAGAAUCUACAAACAGAAUUGGACAUAAGAGGAAAAAGCGAAAUCAUAAAUGUUUCAACAAUGAAGAAUUUGUAAAUAUUUACACUGUAUUAUUCAGAGGACAAAUAUAUACCUAUCCAUGUGUGUGGUGUUGGAAGGUACACAGUAGAGGACUUAAAAGUUUUUAUCAUUUACUCCAAUAUUCUAUUGUACAUAUGGGAAUGUUCACAUUGCACCUUGAGUAGUAUAGAACUUAUCACACAUUAAUUAUUUUUGCAUAUAUUGUUACUACAGCAUAAACAGUGCUAUUCUGUGUGAGCAUUUUAUAUCCUGUUUGCUGAAGUGUAGAUUGGCAACUUUAGUGGUGAGGGGCUUUCAGUACAUAUCACCUUUCUAUCACCAGAUAUACUUUGAGUCCUAUUUUGGUACAUAAAUAAUGAUUACAGCAAUGUUACCUUCAGUGUGCCUUUACUCACAACUGCUGGACAACUUCCUAGGGCUAAUGUCAGCACACCAUCACUACAAAAUCACAGUGGAAUUCUUAGAAUUCUUAAUUGGGCAGCUUAAAGCCCACCAGUCAAACUAUGGGCCUACAAAAUUGUGUUGUUGUAUUCAAGCCUGGUUAAAAAAAUAGCUAUGAGUUGUUAGUGGAAAUCUUUUUAACUUAAUUUUGUAUUUGAAUUAUUAACAUGUCUUGGCCCAGUGUGCACUGCAGUUAGGUACCUCUUUUGCUACAGACUAGGCCAUUGCCACUGUUGACACUAAGUGUAUCUACAUAAGCUUAAGGUAGAACAAUGGCCAACUCACAUUAUUUCAUUUUUCUAUGUGUCCCUAUUUCUUGGCCUUCAGACAGUUCUGCAGACGACACAGCUAGAUGUGGCUAGAGGUGAACACAUAAUUCAUUUUGAUUCCUGAAUUUUACACACUAUUUUUGUUGGAACAUUUUGUUUUAUUUUUCUAAUGAUUGACUGCAACAUUUCUGAGUGAUUGUGUAUCUCACAGCAGCAACCUAUAUCUGCAAGUAUCUAUCUCACACAUCUCGCAAGUCUAUCCAGCAACUUUGAUUCUCUCAGAAUUACACAUCUUCACAUCUCAUCACAUCUAAAUGUAAUUUACCAAAUCUAAAUGUUUUGUACUUUACUCUAUAUAUAUACUGCUCAAAAAAAUUAAGGGAACACUUACAGU